AUGGAUUGCACGAUUGGGACAAGAAUUAAGUCACGGAACCGGGAGCGUCUUGAAGUGGUGAAUAAGCGGAAGAAGAUGGAGGAAAAAGCAACUCCUGUCCAGAAGAAACGAAAGCGGAGAAGAAGAAAACCAAAACCAACAGACUAUGACUCAGACGUUGAAGACAUUACAGAGAUUUACGAGAAGAAUCUUGCUGCUGCUGACCAAGUAAGUCACACCGGUAUGGUUAGGGAUGUAGAUGCAGAUAAAUCACUUCCGGGCUCCUCUGGGUUAAGUAUUAAGGAGAAGUUAUCUGAUCAGAUUUUGGAUUUGGAUGUGGACAAAUCACUUGUUCCAAGCUCCUCUGGGUUAAUACAAGGGUCAGAACAGAACACACUUGUGAAGGAGAGUUUGACUGGAGUUACUGAUUUGGAUGUGGAGAAAUCAGUUGUUCCAAGCUUCUCUGGGUCAAGACAUGGGUCUGAAAAGAUGAUAACACGUGUGAAAGAGGAGAGUUUGUUUGAAGGUAUGGAUUUGGAUGUGGAGAUACCAGUUGUUCCAACCUCCUCUGGGUCAAGUCAUGGGUCUGAACACAGCACAUGUCUGAAGGAGAGUUCGCUUGGAGUUACGGAUUUGAAUGUGGAGAAAGCAAUUGUUCCGAGCUCCUCGGGGUCAAGAAACGGGUCUGAACAGAAGACAACAUGUGUGAAUACGGAUUUUGAUGUGGAGAAAUCAGCUGUUCCAACCUCUGAACACAACACAUGUGUGAAGGAGAGUUUGACUGGAGGUACUGAUUUGGAUGUGGAGAAAUCAGCACCAAGCUCCUCUGGAUUAAGACACGGGUCUGAACAGAAGACAAUAUGUGAGGAGGAGAGUUUGUUUGAAGUUAUGGUUUUGGAAGUGGACAAAUUAGUUCCAAGCUCCUCUGGGUCAAGGCAAGGGUCAGAAGAGAACACAUGUGUGAAGGAGAGCUUGUUUGGAGUUGCGAAUUUGGAUGUGGAGAAUUCAGUUCCAAGCUCCUCUGGAUUAAGACAUGGGUCUGAACAGAAGACAACAUGUGAGGAGGAGAGUUUGUUUGAAGUUAUGGUUUUGGAUGCGGACAAAUUAGUUCCAAGCUCCUAUGUGUUAAGACAAGGGUCAGAACAGAACACAUGUGUGAAGGAGAGUUUGCUUGGAGUUACGGAUUUAACUGUGGAGAAAUCAGUCGUUCCAAGCUCCUCUGGGUCAAGGAAAGGGUCAGAAGAGAACACAUGUGUGAAGGAGAGCUUGUUUGGAGUUGCGAAUUUGGAUGUGGACAAAUCUGUUCCAAGCUCCUCUGGGUCACGACAUGGGUCUGAAGAGAACACAUGUGUGAAGGAGAGCUUGUUUGGAGAUAUGGAUUUGGAUGUGGAGAAAUCAGCUGUUCCAACCUCCUCUGAGUUAAGACAUGGGUCUGAGCACAACACAUGUGUGAAGGAGAGUUUAUUUGGAGGUACGGAUUUGGAUGUGGAGAAAUCAGUCGUUCCAAGCUUUUCUGGGUCAAGACAUGGGUCUGAACACAACACAUGUGUGAAGGAGAGCUUGUUUGGAGAUGUGGAUUUGGAUGUUGAGAAAUCAGCUGUUCAAAGCUCCUCUGGGUCGAGACAUGGUUCUGAAGAGAAGACAACAUGUGUGGAGGAUAAGUGUUCCUCUGAGAUUAGAGGUUUGGCCGUCGAAAAACCAGUUCCUCACAUAGAGAUCAUUUCAGAUUCUGCUUCUGACACCGAAGCGAGAGGUUCAGCCAAGAAGAAGCUUUUUCACGACUGUAGCAGAGUCUUGGACAAAACCAGUGAUGGCGAAGACAGCACAAGUGAAACCAAGGAAGAGGAAGAAAAACAUCAAGAUAGUGUAAUAGUGCACUCUUUGUCUUCUGAUGAUCCAUCUUCAUCAUCAUCAUCGUCAUCAUCAUCGUCAUCAUCGUCGUCAUCACCACCACCACCAUCAUCAUCAUCAUCAUCAUCUUCAUCGUCAUCUUCCUCAUCGAGUGAAGAUGGGAUCAAUUCAAUGGAGGUAGUUGGAGACACAGAUGAUGAUGAUUUGAGAAAGACUACUUCACCAAUCAAAAAAAGAGUCUCUCAAGCGGGAAGGAAGCCUUUGGGAAGGUACAAAAGGACUGCUCCUUACUCAACCACGCCUAGAAAACAGAACAUGAAGUUUCAGAAUCUAAAGCGGCGAGAAGAAGAAGAUAAAUUUCAAAAGCAGCCUACAAAAAAAGUGGACAAGAAAAUCCAGAAGUUAAACCACCGAGAAGAAGAAGUUGAAAUAGGGACAAAACAGCAGAGCAAUGCGGUGUUUGUCUGUACUCACUGUGGCAAAGAGAACACAGGAAUCCCUGAACCUCACAACUCUUUCAACGGACCACAUGCUGCUGCAGCAAGAGCUGAAGAUUAUGAUAUGAGCAACAACUUUGCUUAUGAAGAUUCUGUUUUUAUCAACUCUGAGGAAUCGCCUGAGAAGCCAUCCACAGCCAGACCUGAAAUACAUAAGCAAUGGACAGGAAAAGAAGUGAAUACACCAGAAAAGCCAUCCACAUUCAGGCCUGAAACUGUGAUUUCAGAGAAAGCAAAAGAGGUCCAAGCACCUGAAAAGCCAUCCACGUUCAGACCUGAGACUGUGAUUUCAGAGAAAGCAAGAGAGGUCCAGGCACCAGAAAAGCCAUCCACAUCCAGACCUGAACUUGUGAAUUCAGAGAAAGCCAACAACAGCUUGUGGUCGAGGAUGCCUGAAGUUGGAGUUAAAGCUGCAGAAGGAGUAAAUAAGACUGCUUUGGCUAAUGAACCAGUUGAUAACGAGUCUGCUUGGUCUAUCAGCUCUGGAGAUGAAUCUGGAUAUGAAUCUGAGCCUACGCUGAAAGACAAAGAGGUCGCCAAGUCUGUUAACAACGCGGGAUGGAGAAUGAUGGAUGGAAGCCGUAGUAAAGAAGUCGAUCUUUUCAGCCUUCUUGUGAACUCAGUAUGGGAGAAAGGUCGAUUAGGAGAAGAUGAGGAAGAAGGAGAAGACAAUCUGGUUUCUUCACUUGAUGACCAAUCUGAAGAAGAAGAGCUGAGAAGAUAUGACGAUGAUGGACUUUUAAUCAUUAGGCCACCACCAUUGAUAGAGAGGUUUGGUGUGGAGGAACCUGAAUCACCACCUGAGGUUUCUGAGUGGGAGAUAGAGGAAGGUAAGCUGUGGGAAGAAAUGGCGUAUUUCAGUAAAUCAAACGACUUUGGCAUCCAGCUUCCUCCAGAGAUUGAGAAAGAGAUAGCAACUGAUGAAACUCCCGAAGCACGGUGUAAAAAAGGGAAGCAUGAUCUAUGUAUAGAUCUUGAGAUCGGUUUGAAGUGUAUACACUGCGGCUAUGUGGAGAGAGAGAUCCGAGGCAUGGAUGUAUCUGAGUGGGGAGAGAAGACCACAAGUGGGAGGAGAAAAUUUGAUAGAUGGGAAGAGGAAGGAGGAAGCAGCUUCGUUGAGAAACUUGGGGUUGAAGCUCUUGACAAGAACAGAUCAGAUGAUGGACUUGCUUCUACUGAAGGAACUGUUUGGGAUAAGAUCCCAGGUGUCAAGUCUGAGAUGUAUCCUCACCAGCAAGAAGGCUUUGAGUUUAUCUGGAGGAACUUAGCCGGUACUAUUGAGCUGAACAAGCUCAAGGACUUUGAGGACAGCGAUGAAACCGGAGGAUGCAUCAUGUCACACGCUCCAGGGACAGGGAAAACUCGCCUGACCAUCAUCUUCCUUCAGGCCUACUUGGCAUGCUUCCCAAACUGCAAACCGGUGAUCAUUGCUCCUGCAAGCUUGCUUCUCACUUGGGCAGAGGAGUUCGAGAAAUGGAAGGUUAGCAUUCCUUUCCAUAACCUUAGCAGUUUGGAGUUCACUGGGAAAGAGAACGCAGCUGCGUCAAGACUUUUGAUGCAGAAGAACUCGAGUGCUAGAACCAACAAUGAGAUAAGGAUGGUGAAGAUUUACUCUUGGAUCAAAUCAAAGAGCAUAUUGGGGAUCAGCUACAACCUCUAUGAGAAGCUUGCAGGAGUUAAAGACGAGGACAAGAAGACAAAGUCAGCGAGGAAAGUGAAACCAGACAAAGAGUUGGAAGAUAUCAGAGAGAUACUUAUGGGGAUGCCUGGAUUGCUUGUUCUUGACGAAGCACACACGCCAAGGAACCAGAGAAGUUGCAUCUGGAAGACACUGUCCAAAGUGGAAACACAGAAACGUAUCUUGCUCUCUGGAACUCCUUUCCAGAACAACUUCCAGGAGCUCUGCAAUGUUUUGGGGCUUGCGAGACCAAAGUAUCUUGAGAGGCUCACAUCCACACUGAAGAAGAGUGGCAUGACUGUAACGAAAAGAGGGAAGAGAGCUUUCGGGGACGAAAUCAACAACCGUGGGAUCGAAGAGCUUAAGACUGUUAUGCUUCCGUUUGUGCAUGUUCAUAAAGGAAGCAUCCUUCAGAAGAGCCUCCCUGGUUUGAGAGAAUGUGUUGUGGUGUUAAACCCACCUGAGCUGCAGAAGAGAGUCCUGGAAUCAAUAGAAGUCACUCAUAACCAGAAAACCAAAAACGUGUUCGAGACGGAACACAAGCUGUCUUUGGUCUCAGUCCAUCCUUCUCUUGUUUCUCACUGCAAACUCACUGAGAAAGAACGUCUGACCAUUGACGACGCUUUGCUUGCACAGCUGAAGAAGAUAAGAUUCGAUCCAAACCAAAGCGUGAAAACGAGGUUCCUCAUGGAGUUCAUCAAGCUAUGCGAAGUGAUCAAGGAGAAAGUGCUUGUCUUCAGCCAAUACAUUGACCCGUUGAAACUGAUAAUGAAGCAUCUGGUCUCUCGGUUUAACUGGCGUGAAGGGGAACAAGUGUUGUACAUGCACGGCAAGCUCGAGCAGAAACAGAGACAAACCUUGAUCAACGAGUUCAACGAUCCAAAAUCCAAAGCUAAAGUGCUCUUAGCUUCGACAAAGGCAUGCUCUGAAGGGAUCAAUCUGGUGGGAGCAUCGAGAGUGAUUCUCUUGGAUGUUGUGUGGAAUCCAGCAGUGGAGAGACAAGCUAUAAGCCGAGCUUACAGGAUCGGUCAGCAGAGGAUCGUAUACACUUAUCACUUGGUUGCAAAAGGAACGCCUGAGGGACCAAAGUACUGUAAGCAAGCACGAAAGGAUCGAAUCUCAGAGCUGGUCUUUGCGUGUUCUUCGAGACAUGAUAAGGGGAAAGAGAAGAUUGCUGAAGCUGUGACAGAAGACAAAGUGUUGGACACUAUGGUGCAGCAUCUGAAGCUUGGAGACAUGUUUGACAACCUCAUUGUCCAACCAAAGGAAGCAGAUUUAGUUGAUGGUUUCAGCGUACUUAUGCCGUGA